CGUUUAUUACCAGACCUUCCUUCUCUCAGACAAGGCAUCGUGUCUUUUUUUUUUUCCUUUUAGGUUUCUUCGUCCCUCCUCUUCAUCAGAAAUCAAACCCAUCACGUUGAGGUCGGAGCCGCCACCGCCGCCGCCGCCGAGGAAAUUAGGAAAAUUUAGAUCGGGGCGAAUUGGCGUGUAUUGCCACGGGAGAUCUCAGAUUUAGCAUCUAAUAUGGAUUCGAUGUGAAUUUGAAGAUGACGGAAUCUAUGUGGUCACACGAUCAACCUUCUCCUCAGCCCUCACCAAAACCAGUGGCUCGCCAAAGGUCUAGGAGCAUCUUCAGGUUACUGGUUCAGAGAGAGAUUUCACCUAAAACAAAGUCUGUGCCACGGAAACGAUGGGGAGUUAGCCGCCGAUGUGUUACUGCUGCUGAUUCACCCUGUGGAACCAGUAGGGAACCUGUGAGCGAGCAGAGACAUAAUCUUAUUUCAUGGGUUGAGGCAGAGUCAUUGCAGCAUUUGUCUGCUACCUACUGUCCUCUUAUGCCUCCUCCGAGGUCAACUAUUGCAGCCGCUUUUAGUUCUGAUGGAAGAACUCUUGCUUCUACGCAUGGUGACCACACUGUUAAGAUUAUUGACUGUGAGACUGGAAAAUGCUUAAAAGUUCUGAGCGGCCACCGGAGGACACCAUGGGUGGUCAGAUUCCACCCACGCCACUCAGAAAUAGUUGCUAGUGGAAGUUUAGAUCAUGAGGUGCGCUUGUGGAAUGCAAAAACUUCAGAUUGUAUUAGAUCUCAUGAUUUCUAUCGACCUAUUGCUUCUAUAGCUUUCCACGCUGAAGGUGAUAUACUUGCUGUUGCAUCUGGUCAUAAGUUGCACAUAUGGCAUUACGAUAAGACAGGGGAGGACUCAACACCAGCAAUUGUUUUGAAGACGAGGCGCUCCCUGAGAGCUGUACACUUUCAUCCACAUGGGGUUCCUCUUCUCUUGACUGCAGAGGUGACUGACAUUGAUUCACCAGAUUCCGCAAUGACUAGAGCAACAUCUCCAGGCUAUUUGCGAUAUCCACCUCCUGCUAUUUUCUUCACCAACACGCAGAGUGGCAGUCAUACUAGUAUGGCAGCGGAACUGCCACUUGUGCCGUUACCGUACUUGCUUUUGCCUUCAUAUUCUCCUGAUGAUCCAAGAAUCCAACAUUCCACUGCUACUACUGGUCCAAGGAGUGCUCCAUCAAGGUUUCAGAGUAAUCAAAGUUCAGUAGAACACGGCAGCAGCAGAACAAUGUCUACUCCUCCACCUCCUCCUCUUCCCUUGGCUAUGUCCGGCGAUCUUGCUGGAUCCCCUCAUGUCCCAGAAAACUCCCUAGCUAGAGCUAGAGCUUCGACCACAGCUGUUGAUGCUAUGGAUAUAGACGAAGCUCAACCUGUUGGAGGAAAUAGAAUUCCCAGGCAAGUGUCAAGUCAGUCAGAUUUACUUGAUUUUGGACAAUUUCAGCAAUUAUUUCACUCCAGAGACAGAGUUUCGUGGGAGUUACCUUUUCUACAAGGGUGGUUGAUGGCUCAAAGCCAGGCUGGUGUUCUUCCUACUGGUGGUAGUGGCACAGCUCCUCCUCAUGCAGGUUCUUCUUCAGCAUCUCAUUCAUCCACAGCCAGUCUAGAGGCUGCAGUGGCGUCAUUAGAAAUUCCUGGUGGUGUUAACUUAUAUGGAGUUUCUGCAAGCGGCCACACCAGGGACCGAACCCGCUUCGCAGGAUCUGGUUUAGCAGGAGGUCUUCCCUCUCGUAACGCUCAACAGGAAGGAACUGAAGCUCAACCUGUGGUGAACAGACUCCCGUCUGAACUGGCUACUUCCAUUGCUGCUGCAGAGUUGCCUUGUACUGUCAAACUUAGAGUGUGGUCACAUGACAUCAAAGACCCAUGUGCAAUACUAAGGUCCGACAAGUGCCGAUUAGCAAUACAUCACGCUGUUCUUUGCAGUGAAAUGGGAGCUCAUUUUUCUCCAUGUGGGAAAUAUUUAGCGGCCUGUGUAGCAUGUGUUAUUCCUCAUGCUGAGGCAGAUCCUGGUUUGCAGACUCUGGUCCAACAAGAUUCAGGCCUUGCAACUUCCCCUACUCGGCAUCCUGUCACAGCACAUCAAGUCAUGUAUGAACUUCGUGUGUAUUCUCUCGAAAAGGAAACAUUCGGUUCAGUACUUGUUUCACGGGCAAUUAGGGCUGCACAUUGCUUGACCUCUAUCCAGUUCUCUCCAAACUCCGAGCACAUAUUGCUUGCAUAUGGUCGGCGUCAUGGUUCUCUUUUGAGGAGCAUUGUGAGUGAUGGAGAAACAACAUCACAUUUUUUCACAGUGUUGGAGAUUUACAGAGUUUCAGAUAUGGAAUUGGUGAGAAUACUUCCAAGCGCAGAGGAUGAAGUUAAUGUCGCUUGCUUCCAUCCUUCUCCUGGAGGAGGUCUUGUUUAUGGUACAAAGGAGGGGAAGCUUAGGAUCUUCCGGUACAACACAGCUGCUGCUUCCAACCUCACUGCACCAAACAGCUCACCUGAGGAGAACUUGGCCGAGGUGCAGACUUAUGCAUUAGAAUGCUAGGCAGAGGGCUCUCAACUGGUUAUAUACAUACACACAGACGGAUCUCGCAGCGUCGGCUGAUUCACCUUCUUCUGUUUCUUUGGGUAAUCCAUUCCAUUCCGGUUGCUCGCUCUGCUUUAUAGUGUUCUUCUCGGUGUGUGCGAUUAGAGAAUCUGAGAAGCUUUUCCCAUUCACAAGCUUGGUGUCAUCUUUCUUUUAUACUGCGGAAUGUCUCUAGUUCGGAUGGCCUUCUCAGUUUGCGACCUUUUACUACAAGAAAAAAAAAAAGAAGUUCGAAGCAUGUGUCUUGAUCAGUUAUUUGAAAAGACAGCAGAAAAAAUGUAAAAAAAAAAGAAAAAAAAAUGUUGCGCAUGUUACUGUAGCUUUGUAACUAAGUUUGUUCCUUUUGUAAGAUUAUCUUUACAUUGUGUUUUCCUUUUAUCUUAGAAAAUGUUUGAUUUUCGUUAA